AUGGACGCCCUUACCAAGACCGAGGAGGCCCAGCUCCAGCAGAGACUCCAGAAGCGCCAGGUCAAGGAGUUCAUGAACCUCUUCGGCAACCUCGUCGACCACUGCUUCACCUCAUGCAUCGACGACUUCACCUCAAAGUCCCUCUCCUCCCGCGAGACGGGCUGCAUCACCCGCUGCAUCCAGAAGCAGAUGUUCUCCCAGCAGCGCCUGAGCGAGCGCUUCCAGGAGCACAACGCCCAGAUGACGGCCCAGAUGCAGCAGCAGUAG